AUGUCUAUGACGACAGCUUCCUGUUCGGUGAGCGUGCCGAUGACUGGUUCACUACGGCACGCAACCCGCGAGAUGCUUGACUACUUCGACAACUCGUGGGCCAUGACGGACGCGCUGUUCGCCACACUGCAGGGCGAACGCGCCUUCAUGACGGCACCGCCGCAUCAGCUGCGCCACCCACUCAUCUUCUACUACGGUCAUCCGACCAGCUUCUUCGUAAACAAGUUCCUGGUAUCGGGACUCAUCCAGGAACCUGUGAACCCCUACUUCGAGCAUAUCUUUGAGGUGGGCGUGGAUGAAAUGCGGUGGGAUGAUAUGAGCAAGAACGAGAUGCACUGGCCCCACGUGGCCGAUGUAUUGGACUACCGUCGCCAGGUCUACCAGCUCAUUCGCAGUGUUAUCGAGACACACCCGGGCCUUGAGCCUGGACACGAGCAGAUCACUGAGAGUAGUCCGCUCUGGGCGCUGCAGAUGACGCUUGAACACGAGCGUAUCCAUCAUGAGACGUCCUCGAUGCUCAUGCUGGAACACCCGGUCGAGUUCUUCCGUAGCACGUCGCUGCUGCCCGACUAUCACGAGUCUCUAACGUACGACAAUACGGAAGUCGCGCUGCAUCCGGUGGCUGGCGUGGAUUACCCGGUCAACGAGUUCGUGGACGUGCCGGCCGCCAUGGUGCAGAUCGGUAAGCCGCGCGACUUCCCGUCAUUCGGAUGGGACAACGAGUACGGACACCGGGAGGUGAACGUGCCGGCUUGCCGUGCCAACAAGUUCCUCGUAUCUAAUGGUGAAUUUGCCGAGUUCGUGCGUGACGGAGGCUACCUUGAGCCGUCCUACUGGAGCAAAUUGGGCUGGGAAUGGCGCUGCUUUCGCAACACUAAGUGGCCGGCGUUCUGGGUGCAGGACGGACCUUCGGGUAGCCAACGCUUCAAGUUGCGUGUGCUGUUCGACGUGGUGCCAAUGCAGUGGAACUGGCCUGCUCAGGUUAAUUUUCACGAGGCCCAGGCGUUCUGCAAGUGGAAGCAAGCUAAGCAGGCGGACAAGAAGGUGGUCUACCACCUCACAACUGAGCCGAUCCAUCAGCUAAUGCGCGGCGCUAAAGACCGCUCUGCCGAUGUGUCGUCGGACGAUGUUUUGACGAUCCCGGAAGGCACCAGCAUGGCUGCAGCUACUGGUAAAAACCUCAACUGGUCCUACAUGUCAUUUUCACCCGUGGACGCCAUGCCACCGACAGCUCAAGGUUUCCACGACGUGUUCGGCAAUGCCUGGGAAUGGUGUGAGGAUAUGUUCUCGGCUCUUCCUGGUUUCCGCGUCCACCCUUACUACGAUGACUUCAGUGAGCCGUGCUUUGAUGGCGAGCACAAUGUUAUCAUGGGCGGAUCUUUCGCUAGUGCUGGAGACAACGGCGCGUCCAAGUUCGCACGCUAUCAUUUCCGGCCGCAUUUCUUCCAGCAUGCAGGUUUCCGUGUCGUGGAGCAGAAGAUGGACGAUGAAGGCGCUAUCACGCUGGCGACGACGGACGUGAAUGCUCCGCCCCCAUACGUGAACGGAAACCCAUUCCGCUCUACUGAGCGUGUGGUGGUGUCAGGUGCUGGUCGCGAGUCGAAUGAGGCUGCAGGAACGAGCUGCCAGGGCCUCUUUGAAGAUCUUCGACGCAAGAGCGAGCAAGCGCUUGAGUCGUUUGUGGCUUCGUCGACUUCGGACAUGACGGACAAGCCUCUUGUGGCUCGUGAAGGUACAGUAGCUGCUGCCAAACUGCGACGUCAAGUCAAGUGUGGUGAGGUUCUAGUGGUGGUGCCCAGUGAUGAGGCGACGCCUGCAGUGCUGGAAGACAAGUUCGAGUUGCUCGCGACGGCGGAAGUUCCUGUUUUCACGCAGGAGAGCGCGACGGAAGCUCGUGUAACGGCGGAGACCGUGACGGCUUGGAAGAAGAUCCGAGACUAA